AUGACUCUUCCUCAAGCUUUGGAGGCACGUCGCCCAGCAGUGUGUCCAGAGCCCGAUAUCUCAACCUUGUCAAACUAUGAAUCAUUUGAUAUCAAGCAUACCCAGCUGGCUCUAGAGAUAUCGUUCGACCGAAAGGUCGUAACGGGGACUGUAAUCUACAGCCUGGAUAAUGUAGGUAAGGCCAAAAGAGUGCGGUUGGAUACUAUGAACUUGGUGAUCACACAAGUUUACAUAGACGACAGUAUUGUGAAAUUCAACCUUUUCCCUACUAAAUACAGCCUAGGAACUUUACUAGAGAUCAUACCACACAUCAAGUUACCAAAGAGUUUCAAACUGAAGUGUGAAUUUGCUACUAAACCUGAAAGCCAAGGUCUCCAGUGGAUGAAUGAACUCCAAACUUUUGGAAGACCCUUUGUCUAUACAUUAAUGCACACCAUAUAUGCUAGAUCAAUAAUUCCGAGUUUUGAUACACCUGCCAUAAAAUCAACCUUUUCCGUUACUAUCAAGUCACCAUUACCUGUGGUAUUUUCAGGCACCGAACUACGUGAUUCCGGAAGAAAUAAAGUUUAUCGGUUUGUCCAAAAGGUUCCAAUUCCGGUUUACAUGCUCGGAUUUGCUUCCGGAGAUCUCAUGUCUGCCCAGGUUGGAUUACGCUCUAAGGUUUAUACAGAGUCCAGCCGUAUCAAGGAAGCGUGGAGUGAGUUUAAGGGCAACGUUGAGCCUUAUAUCAAGAUCGCCGAGGGUCUAGUUUCAGAAUACGAAUGGGGCAACUACAAUAUACUUAUAAACCCGGAUGCAUACCCUUAUGGCGGCAUGGAGUAUCCGGGCAUUACAUUCACUAGUCCGACGGUAAUUGCACACGAUAACUCUAACCACGAGACACUCAUUCGUGAACUAACACAUUCUUGGUCGGGGAGUCUGGUUACCAACGCUUCCUGGGGUCAUUUUUGGUUGAACGAAGGCUGGGCGGUCUACUUGGAAAGAAGAAUCAUAGAAAUCAUCCAUGGAGAACCAGUAAGACAUUUAAGCGCAUUGAUUGGACUAAUAGAAUUAGAAUACGAAAUUGCGUAUAUCCUACCGGAACAAAGUACCGCCUUGGUUCAAAAAAUUACUAAAGACAUGAACCCUGAAGACUUAAUUACUUGUGUUCCCUAUGAAAAAGGCUUCAACUUUCUAUUCUACCUCGAAAAUGUCUUAGGCGGAAAGGAAUUCUUCGAUCCAUUCAUCAAAUACUACUUCGUCAAGUUUGCCCAUCAGUCUGUAGACACCUGGCUAUUCCUCGAUACCUUGUUCGAGUUCUUCAGCGACAAAAAGGACAUUUUGAACCAUAUUGACUGGGAAACAUGGCUGUUUGGAGAUGGAAUGCCUCCAAGACAGGACUACAUCACCAUUCUAGCCGACGUGGUGUACCAAUUGGCAGAUAGAUGGAUUGCAAAAGCCAUACAAUUCACAAGCUUCAUCGAAUUUACAAAGGAAUUUUCUCCCGCAGAUAUCACACAAUUUAACACCAACCAGCUGAUAUUGUUUCUCAAUGUUAUCACUACCUGUGGUUCCUAUUGUAAAGAUCUGUGCUUCAAAUGGUCUGCAUAUCCUGUGGCAGCAAAUGCCUUGUUGAAAAUCUAUGAUAUUUUGACAAAUUCUACCAACUCCGAGGUUAUCUGCAGAGUUUUAUAUUUCAAAUUGAUUGCCAAUCUGGACUCUAGCUGUCAGCAAACCAUCGAAUGGCUUGGGAAAGUUGCUAGACUUAAAUAUGUCCGGCCGCUAUAUUGUGCAUUAUAUCUAUAUAUAUAUAUAUCUAUAUGUAUAUAUUAG